AUGUUCACUGGACUUGUCGAAACGAUUGGCACUGUUGCCGCCCUUGAGAAGCUCGACCAGACAGCGUCGGGAGGCGGCGGCACAUCUCUGACCAUUACGGGAUGUGAGGAUAUCCUAGGUGAUGCCCAUUUGGGUGACAGCAUCAGCGUCAACGGCACAUGUCUUACCGUUACCGAAUUCACCAAAUCCUCGUUCAAGAUUGGAUGCGCACCCGAGACACUCCGGCGAACAAACCUGGGUUCGCUCAAGGAAGGCUCCAAGGUCAACCUCGAGCGCGCCGUCUCGGCAAAUACACGCAUGGGCGGUCACUUUGUGCAGGGCCAUGUCGAUACUAUUGCUACUAUCGAGUCGAUAACUCCAGACGGCAAUGCCCUUACUUUCCGCUUCAAACCUCGCGACACGGCGGUGCUACGAUACAUUGUGGAGAAGGGCUAUGUUACGAUAGACGGCGCAAGCUUGACAGUGACCAAGGUCCAGGACGGCCCUGAUGGGUGGUGGGAGGUGAUGCUUAUUGCCUAUACACAGGAAAAGGUAGUGACGGCGAGCAAGAAGGCUGGCGACGACGUCAAUGUCGAAGUAGACCAAGUAGGCAAAUAUGUAGAGAAGAGCGUGGCUGGGUAUUUUGAAGGGUCGACCAAUGGCGAGUUUGCCAUCCUCGAGAAGAUGGUAUCGAAGCUGGUGGACGAGCGGCUGAAAGCGCUGGGUCGAUAG